AUGCUGCCACCGGAGCAAGGCCAUGCAGUAUCCAUGGCUAUAGAGCGUGGCGAGAUACCGCUUUCGGACAAAGAUGCUCCGUCAGCGCCGAAGGACACCGAACCCCACCCUCCCACACCAUUAACGGAUGGCUUAAGCCAUCGCAUCGCGGCCACAGCAUCAGCCGUGAAUGAGAACAGCAUUUCUUUGCGAGAAUUAGAUCCCGUCUCAGUUCGCCUGGAACACCUUUCAGUCUCUGUCGAUGAAUCACCAAACGCAUUGUCAAAAUUAUUUGCCAAGCAAAAACAGCCCCCAAACCAAAGCCAUGUCAAGACAAUACUGGAUGAUGUGUCGGCCAAUAUGCCACCCGGAUCCCUGACAGCCAUCAUAGGUGGCAGUGGAAGUGGGAAGACGUCUCUGCUCAAUCAGAUGAGUGGGCGCUUGCAAGGGAAACGGCUGGCAAUUUCUGGCAAAACGCUCUUCAAUGGCAGCACAGAUGUCUCACAUGUUCGAAGCGCAUAUGUCAUACAGCAAGACAUUCUCUUGCCAACUCUGACAGUGCGAGAGACUUUGAAGUACGCCGCACAGUUGCGUCUGCCCUCUACUAUUGGCGAGAGCGAACGCAUGCAGCUUGUGGAAGAGGUCAUCCUGGAGCUUGGUCUCAAGGAAGCUGCUGAUACUCGCAUUGGCAACCAUGCACACAAAGGAUGCAGCGGAGGAGAAAAGAGACGAACAAGUAUUGGGGUCCAAUUGUUGUCCAAUCCAAGCUUGCUUUGGCUUGAUGAGCCCACUACUGGCCUGGACGCAACCAGCGCGUCCCAGGUCAUCAAAACAUUACAAAACUUGGCAAGAAAAGGCAGGACCAUCAUAGUCACGCUUCACACGCCCAGAUCCGAGAUAUGGGAGAUGUUUGACAACGUGAUACUACUGACAAAAGGUUGCCCCGCCUACACCGGUAAAACCGAGGGUUGCCUGUCAUACUUCGCCGAACUGGGAUACGAGAUGCCACCAUUCACGAAUCCUGCUGAAUAUCUAAUCGACGUCGUCAGUGUGGAUAACCGAAAUGAGGAAGCGGAACAAGUCUCUAGGCAACGUGUUGAUCGCAUUGUUGAAGCCUGGAAGAGACACGACUGUAUACCUUCACAUGAGAAAGGUGCGGAGUCAGGAGCAAUAGGUCCCCAGGGUGAACCGGCAGGGAAUCCUGCUUCUAGUAACGCAAUGGACUCAAGAUCAUCAAUGAAAUGCACGUCUUUUGUCCAACAAACACGAGUGCUCACAGCAAGAACGUGGAAAGUCACCAUCAGGGACCCUAUGGGCAUGUUUGGCAGUCUGCUUGAAGCUGUCAGUAUGGCUAUCAUCACAGGCUGGAUCUUCCUACAGCUGGAUGGGUCGCUCUCAGGCAUUCGAUCUCGGCAGGGUGCACUUUACAAUGCGGCAGCUCUCCAGGGCUAUCUCAUACUCCUUUUCGAAACCUACCGACUCACGACAGACAUACAAUUAUUCGAUGAGGAAGCACGACAAGGUGUUGUCAGCAUACCCGCCUUUCUAAUCUCAAGGAGGCUUGCGCGGGUCUUGAUUGAAGACAUCCCAGUGCCUUUACUGUUCACCCUCGUCUAUUACUUCUUCUGUGGCUUUCGACCUGAGACAGCUCAAUUUUUCACAUUCUUUUCCGUCAUCCUUUUGCAGCAAUACAUUGCUGUAUGCUUUGCUAUGGUGUGCGUUGCGUGCUCGAGACACUUUGCAGGGGCCAGCUUGGUCGCAAAUCUUGCAUAUACGCUACAGUCCAUGGCCUGUGGCUACUUCAUCCAGUCCAAUACCAUUCCAGUGUACGUGAGAUGGACCAAGUGGAUAGCCUAUGUGUUCUACGCCUUUGGGGCUUUAUGUGCGAACGAGUUUACUGGUGCCUUCUACGACUGCCCACUGGAAGGUGGACCGUCCAACCCGGCCUGCAAGGAAUACACUGGGGAUUUCAUCAUGGAUUCGCUCGGCCUUCCAAAUGACUGGGUAUGGAGACCGAUCCUCGCGUUGGUAGGCUUUCUUCUGGCUUUUUACAUCGGCGCAGGUGUUCUACUCAAGUUUUGGCGAGCCGAAAUUGCCAUGGCGCGCGCAAGGCCAUCGAACUCGAAUAGGGACGCCUCCGCUGGUAAGGAGGAGAUGAGUAAUAGAUCUCCUGAGGAAGUGCGAACCAUCACCAUAGGCCUCGAUGGCUAUGGAUUGGAUAUUGAGAAGCGCUCACUACGCAAUCGGUGGACAAAGGAGAUCCUCAGGCCACUAACGACGCAAUUUCAGCCUGGUUCCUUGAACGUUAUCAUGGGUCCUUCUGGAUCAGGGAAAACCUCGCUACUCAAUAGCAUGGCUGGAAGACUAAAAAAUGACAUGUCCACAAAGUACUUACAGUACGGCAAUAUGACCUUUAAUGGCCUCGAUCCCUCUCAAGACGUUGUGCACUCCAUAUGUGCAUUCGUCACCCAGGACGACGACGCACUUCUAGCAUCCUUGACUGUUCGUGAAACCCUGCGAUAUGCAGCUGGUCUCCGCCUGCCGUCAUGGAUGUCGAAGGAGCAGAAGGAGCACAGAGCUGAGGAAAUACUGCUAAAGAUGGGUCUUAAGGACUGUGCAGACAAUCUUAUUGGAAACGAUCUCAUCAAGGGUAUCAGUGGUGGGGAGAAACGACGAGUAACUAUCGCUGUUCAAAUUCUGACUGAGCCACGAGUAUUGUUACUCGACGAGCCGCUCUCUGGUCUUGAUGCAUUUACUGCAUCAUCCAUUAUGGAUGUACUUCACGGCUUGGCCAAUGAGGGACGUACGCUCAUUUUGACAAUUCACCAACCACGCAGUUCUCUCUUUGGUGGAUUUGGAAACAUACUACUUCUCGCUCGUGGUGGCUACCCGAUCUAUGCUGGAAGUGCACAAAACAUGUUGCCCUACUUUGCCGCACAAGGCUACGAAUGCCCGCGACACGUCAAUCCUGCGGACUUUGCCCUUGACCUGAUAACCGUCGACCUACAGCAUGCGACAAGAGAGGCUGAAAGCAGAGCCAAAGUGCGAAAGUUGAUAGAUUCUUGGACCGCGGACAAGUUUGUUGCUAUACGCGUUGGCUCGAUAACUACGCCCGCUGAACUAGGAUCACUUGCGAGGAAGCCUUCCUCUUUUGUGUCGGCGUACUCGAUCCUCAUUCGCCGUGCUACAAAGAACAUGUUUCGACAACCAGAAAUACUCAUUGCACGAGCCAUGCAGGUCGUGGGACUUGGUAUAAUACUUGCUCUUUACUUUGCGCCGCUUAAGAGCGACUAUUUCGCCGUCCAAAAUCGCAUGGGAUUUAUUGUUGAGAUCGCUCCCCUAUAUUUUGUAGGUAUGCUCAAUAAUAUUGCCAUCUAUCCAACCGAGCGAGACGUCUUCUAUCGCGACUAUGAUGAUCGUAUUUACGGUGUAGAGGCUUUCUUCCUCACCUAUAUCUCCAUUACAACACCUUUUGAAAUCAUCGGCUGCCUUAUCUUCGCAGUGUUGGCAGUUAUGGCAUGCGGCUUAGAACGCAACGCGGAGACUUUCUUCAUCAUCACCUUCAAUGCGUUCUGUAUCACGAGUUGUGGUGAAAGUCUUGGUAUCGCAUUCAACACUCUCGUCUCACACUCAGGUUUCUCGGUCAACCUCAUGUCGGUUUUCCUCAGCAUUGCUCAGGUCAUGAGUGGUGUUUUGUCACUGCAGAUUCCAGAUUUCUUGCAAGCAUGGAAUCAUCUUAGCCCCGUUAAAUGGGGCGUAGCCAAUAUGGCGCCGUAUACUUUGCGCGGCUUGCACUUUACCUGUGAGGAAUGGCAGAAGAUCAACGGCUCCUGCCCAAUUACAAGGGGAGAGCAAGUUCUUGAUCUCUACAAACUGAACAAGGACCCUGAAUUGAGUCUUAUGGCACUCGGUAUAUGCGCAAUAGCUUACAGGUUCCUGGCCUAUGUUGUGUUGAAAAUCGUCAAAGAGAGGUGGCUAGGGAGAUUGUGGGGGAAAGUAGGGGGCGGAAAGAAGGAUGUGUAUACGCCGCAAUCGACGGGAACUGGACAGAGCGUAUGA